GAUAAGAGGGAGGGCCACCGCGUCGUCCAAGGACAGGUGUCCGCACCCUCACAUAGGGCAGGAGGCAGAGAACCGAGCAACAGGACAAGAGGAGAAGAGCCGACGUCUCUCAAGCAGCUGUACGCACCACCUAUACAACAUGGAGGCAAUCAAGAAGAAGAUGCAGAUGCUGAAAUUGGACAAGGAGAAUGCCCUGGACCGUGCCGAGCAGGCCGAGGCAGAGCAGAAACAAGUGGAAGAGAAGUGCAAGCAGCUGGAGGAUGAGCUGGUCUCCAUGCAGAAGAAGCUGAAGGGGACAGAGGAUGAGCUGGAUAAAUACUCAGAAGCCUUAAAGGAUGCCCAGGAGAAGCUAGAAGUGGCAGAGAAGAAAGCUGCUGAUGCCGAGGCAGAAGUGGCCUCUCUGAACCGCCGAAUCCAGCUGGUGGAGGAAGAGCUGGACCGCGCGCAGGAGCGCCUCGCCACGGCCUUACAGAAACUGGAAGAGGCCGAGAAAGCAGCGGACGAGAGCGAGCGGGGGAUGAAGGUUAUAGAGAACAGAGCUCUGAAAGACGAGGAGAAGAUGGAGCUGCAGGAAAUCCAGUUGAAGGAAGCCAAACACAUAGCAGAAGAGGCCGACCGGAAGUACGAGGAGGUGGCCCGCAAACUGGUCAUCAUUGAGGGUGACCUGGAACGUACGGAGGAGAGAGCAGAGCUGGCUGAAUCCAAAUGUGCUGAGCUGGAGGAGGAACUGAAAAAUGUCACCAACAACUUGAAAUCCCUGGAAGCCCAGGCAGAGAAGUACUCUCAGAAAGAAGAUAAGUAUGAGGAGGAGAUCAAGAUCCUGACAGAUAAGCUAAAGGAGGCUGAAACUCGGGCAGAGUUUUCUGAACGGUCAGUGGCCAAACUGGAAAAGACCAUCGAUGAUUUGGAAGAUAAGCUACGAAGCACCAAGGAAGAGAACACCAAGAUGCAUAAGAUGUUGGACGACACUAUGCAGGAACUCCACUGCUUGUAGACGGUGGUGGGGGGUACGACGCCGCCAGCUGCCUCCACCGCUCCCGCGCCUCCCCCGCACCCCUUUCCACCGACCGGCCGAGUCUCACGUGCCGCCAUUUCUGCCGUUCGAUUGUCCAAGCCAGCCGUUGGCGCUGUCCGCGCAAGUGUCAUUAUUAUUAUUUUUACCGUUUAAGUCUGUAACCGACCUGUAUCGCCCUCCUCGCCCCCAGCGAGCCCCCCUCUCGGGAACCUUAAGGACAUUCUUUUUGAUCUUUGGACACGGCCCACUCGGCACGCCUGCUGCGAUGCAGCCAAAAACCUCAUUUUAUGGACCAAAUUAUGUUGCUGCUCCGCUCCUGGCAUCUUAAGGUGCUGCGUGGUGCCAUACCGGACUCUGAUUGGAUUACCUAUUUGUGCGAUAAUAGUUUCUAUUGGGUAUUACUGGGAUGGCCUGGGUGGGGAGGGUUGUGGCUGCUGUUAAUGGGGGGUAUUUUCCAGCAUUCCUCAGUAGAACGAGGAGGCCGGUUACAUGCGCAUGUCAUGCUCCCAGAUCUUAUGGCCGUGUGCCCCCCGAUGUCGGAUAGCAAGCUUUUUACUGUAUGUGAUCCCCUAAUUCCCGUUCAGCGCGCUGGGGGGGGCUCUCCUCCUCUCCCCAAAUCCGUGUCUCGAAAUAAACCGUUCCUUCAGCAAACUGCACUUGAUUUAUUUUUUUGCAGAUAAAUCCUGUGCGGUUUGAGCGUCACGGCGGCCCCCGCCUCGCUAAGACCACUGCCUAUGCUUUAUUCCACGUGCGCGCCGCAAUGCCCACUUAAUGGAUGUGAGGGAGGAAGGAGGGUGCCGGUGGCCGCGCGGCUUCCGUGCAGUUCCAGCAAAUAAAUAUUUUUUGUGCCACUUUUCAACAAAAAUUGAGAACUGUCUGUGUGUCCUAUCUGUGAAGCCAAGGGCCGGGCGGUGGGAGCGGGGCGAGACACGGGGCGUGGGGCGAGAGAGCACGUGGUGUCCUAUUAUUACUACUGCAAUGCAAUUGCCCCAACUCACCCUUUUUAAUGUCGAGGGGGCGGGUGACAGGAUGGCGUUUGGGGGAAAAAAAACAGUCUUUCCCUCCAACUGUUUUUUAAAAUAUUUUUUUAAGGCUUCCAUUUACACCAAUAAAGUAAGGCUGCUAUGUGAA